UUUAGAUUUUUACAACUGAAAUUUGGACGGAUUCGGAUUUAAAAAUUUUUUACCAUGGAUUCGGAUAGUGUUUGGAGUUAGGAAUCGGAUACCCGGUUAACUAUACUUACAAAACUAACCCUAACUCCUUUCUUCAUUUUACUUUAUACACUUCCCUCUCUCCGUCCGUCGGCGCCUCUGUCCCCCGCUUCCCUUCCCAUAAUUCCCGAUCGACUCUCUCCCCCACUUCACUGCCGGCAGCCCAGUCGGCACCUGAACCCGAGAGGAGGAAACUCGAGCCACCAACCGCGUCGCAGGCUCUUCACCUGCAGCAAAGAAACCCGUAGAUGCAACAUCAGUUGCAGCACCCGAGACUCAUGGAGUAGAUUACAGGAUCCAACAAGCAAAAAAUUUUGCAGUUGCACAGGCACAACAAGAGGGCUGCACGGCAAAUUUUAGAAUUUUUGAUUCACCAUUUGGGAACUUUCUAGUUCCUGUUAUCCCAACUCGUGCAGAAUUAGCAGAAUUUUUCUCACUGUCAUUGAAUUGAAGUAAAAAAAUCGGGUUCGGUUGGGUUCGGGUAUUAUGCGGGUAUUGUUAAACGGAUUUGGAACGGGUACGGGUAGUAAAAUUAAAAUACUAAACGGAUUUGGAACGGGUACGGGUAGUAAAAUUAAAAUACUAAACGGAUUUGGAACGGGUUCGGGAAUUUUAUAUAUAAUCGGGUUCGGAUUUGGGUACCCUCAAUUUUGCGGGUACCCUACCCGUUGCCAUCCCUAAUUGCUCUCGUACUCUCCCUCCACAACACAACUUCGCAGCUUUUGCCUCCAGCGAAUUCCACCUUACCGCCACCAACUUCUCGCUUCCUUUAUAACACUGCUCUCUCUCUCUCUCUCUGUGGUCUAGUUCUAUGCUGUUAGGUCAAAGGAGGCAAAGCCUGUGUUUUUGGCUUGUUUUCAUAAUUAGGGCAAAUUGUCCGAAAUAGAAAGCGAUUGUAGCUGCUUCACCGACGUGUAGUUCUUAUUAAUCUGAAAAGCAAGGACUGACCAUGAACGCUUCGAUAAUCGAUCCACUGCAAGGAGAUUUUCCAGAGGUUAUAGAGGAGUAUUUGGAGCAUGGGGUCAUGAAAUGUAUCGCCUUUAAUCGCCGUGGCACUCUUCUCGCUGCUGGAUGCUCUGAUGGAAGUUGCGUUAUCUGGGAUUUCGAGACUAGAGGAAUUGCUAAGGAGCUUCGAGAUAAGGACUGUGUUGCUGCAAUAACAAGCAUCUGCUGGUCCAAGUAUGGUCAUAGAAUCCUUGUUUCUGCUGCUGAUAAAUCGUUAACACUUUGGGAUGUUGUAAAUGGAGAGAAGAUUUCACGUACUAUUCUGCAGCAAACACCACUGCUAGCUCGCCUGCAUCCAGGUUCCACUGCUCCAUCUCUUUGUUUGGCAUGCCCACUCUCAUCUGCUCCGAUGAUUGUUGACUUAAACACAGGAAGCACCACUAUGCUUCCAGUUGCAGUACCUGAUAUGGGCAGUGGACUUGCCCCUCCACCACGCAGCAAAUCUUCAGAUGGAACUCCCCCCUUCACUCCAACUGCUGCAUGCUUCAACAAGUGUGGAGAUCUAGUGUAUGUGGGAAAUUCCAAAGGGGAAAUAUUUAUAAUAGACCACAAAGUUAUUCAAGUGCGUGCAAUGGUUUCUAUUCCUGGUGGUGCUGUGAUAAAGAACAUAGUAUUCAGCAGAAAUGGACAGUAUCUGCUGACGAAUUCGAAUGAUCGCACUAUCAGAAUCUAUGAAAAUCUUCUGCCUUUGAAAGAUGGCCUUUCUGCUUUGGAGGAGAUGGACAGGACAAUCAAUGAGCCAGAUGGUGUUGAAAAGAAGAAAACUAUUGGAUCAAAGUGCUUAGCACUAUUCCGAGAGUUUCAAGAUUCUAUCACCAAGAUGCACUGGAAGGCACCGUGUUUCAGUGGUGAUGGUGAGUGGGUAAUUGGUGGUUCUGCAAGCAAAGGAGAGCACAAAAUCUACAUAUGGGAUAGGGCUGGACAUCUUGUAAAAAUCCUUGAAGGGCCAAAAGAAGCAUUAAUUGAUUUAGCAUGGCAUCCUGUUCAUCCCAUUGUAGUCUCUGUUUCCUUGACUGGUUUGGUGUAUAUUUGGGCUAAGGAUUAUACUGAGAACUGGAGUGCAUUUGCACCAGACUUCAAAGAGCUAGAGGAAAAUGAAGAGUAUGUGGAGCGAGAAGAUGAAUUUGAUCUGAUGCCUGAAACUGAAAAGGUGAAGGAAUCAGAUGUUAAUGAUGAUGAAGAAGUUGACAUUGUUACUGUGGAGAAAGAUGCUUUCAGUGAUUCUGAUAUGUCACAGGAAGAACUAUGCUUCUUGCCAGCCAUUCCCUGUCCUGAUGUUCCUGAGCAACAGGACAAGUGUGUUGGAAGCUCUUCCAAGUUAAUGGACAGUAAUCAUUCUGGAUCACCUCUUUCUGAAGGAGCUGGACAAAAUGGAGUAGCAGUGAAUCAUGCAUCAAGUCCACUUGAAGAGGACACAGGAGGUACCCGAAUUAAGAGGAAACGGAAACCUUCAGAAAAGGGGUUAGAGUUGCAGGCUGAGAAGGUGAGGAAGCCCUUGAAACCAUUGAAAUCUUCUGGUAGAUUGUCUAAACUUAAAAAUAAAUACGUAGUUGACCUUGAUAUUAGUAAUGGUGGUGUAUAUGGGGAUGAUGUUUCUGACGAGUAGCAUUUAGAGUUUUUGUACUUUUGAAGACUUUUAUCAUCUAUUCUGCUGAAAAAUAUGACAUCUUUUAUUAUUUACAA